GUUGCAAUGUGAAUUGUGAACUUCAACAAACCCCUCCUUCAAAUAUUCUUGACUAAGCCUCUCACCUUCGGACCUCCGACCCUCCCUCCAGCUAUCCUUUUUGCCCUUUUUAUUUUUAUUAUUUUUUUCCCCCUCAAAAAAAAAAAAAAAAAAAAGGGUCCAAAAAAAAGAAAAAAAAAAGCAAAGCGUGUUCUUAAACCUGUGUGUCCCUAUUUUUAAAGCUAAGCCAAGCUGUACAUCUUUUCCCUCAAAACAACUACCUGACUUUUGCUAAGCACCACCACCAACUCACUAUGCGCACAUCGCUGCCCCUUCCCCUCCUCCUCCUCCUCCUCCUCCUUAUUUUGCUCUUCCACACCUCGCUUUCUACUUCCACUACUACUGCCACCUCCAAUAAUGCCAACGCGACCCAGCAAUUCCGAGAAGCUCCGCAGUUCUACAAUUCACCGGAUUGCCCUUCCAUCUCCACCGCUGAUGAAGAAGUGGACCCCGAAGAAGACGAUAGCGACCACAUCUGCUCCGAUCAAGCCAUCCACGUGGCAAUGACUCUCGAUACGCAGUACAUCCGGGGUUCCAUGGCAGCCAUCCUCUCCGUCCUCCAGCACUCCUCUUGUCCCCAAAACAUUCUCUUCCACUUCGUCGCCUCUGCCUCAGCCAACGCGUCCCUCCUACGCGCCACCAUCUCCACCUCCUUCCCUUACCUCAAAUUCCAAAUCUACCCCUUCGAUGAUUCCUCAGUCUCCGGCCUCAUCUCCACCUCCAUUCGUUCCGCCUUGGACUGCCCGCUUAACUAUGCUCGCAGCUAUUUGGCCAACAUCCUCCCGCUCUGCGUACGACGUGUCGUUUACCUGGAUUCCGACCUCAUUCUAGUCGAUGACAUUGCCAAACUCGCCGCCACUCCGCUCGGCGAUAGCGCUGUUCUUGCCGCUCCCGAAUACUGCAACGCCAAUUUCACUUCGUAUUUCACUCUCUCCUUUUGGUCCAACCCUUCUCUGUCCCUUACCUUCGCUAAUCGGAAACCUUGCUAUUUCAACACCGGAGUGAUGGUGAUCGAUCUCGAUCGAUGGCGAGCCGGAGACUACACGGGCAAGAUUGAGGAAUGGAUGGAGCUGCAGAAGAGAAUGAGAAUCUACGAGUUGGGUUCCCUACCUCCGUUCCUGUUGGUGUUUGCUGGGAAUAUAGCUUCGGUGGACCACAGGUGGAACCAACAUGGUCUUGGCGGCGAUAAUUUCAGAGGACUUUGCAGGAAUCUGCACCCUGGCCCCGUCAGUCUAUUGCAUUGGAGUGGGAAAGGUAAGCCAUGGGCCAGACUCGAUGCCAACAGGCCCUGUCCCUUGGACGCUCUCUGGGCUCCUUAUGAUCUCUUGCAAACUCCAUUUGCUCUGGAUUCUUGACGAAUAUUAUUAAAUGUGAAGGGGCAAAAGUACCCCCCCAAAAAAAAAAAAAAAAAAAUUGUUAAGUUUUCCGGUCCUUUUGGCGCGUGGAAGUCGGAGGGACUAACAAACCGAUGCCUCUAUCUUUCGUUUUCGACAGUGUGAUUUUGCUGAAGAUGUGAAAGUGCGGCGUCGUCGACCGGUGGUGGAUUGAUCUUGUUGAGAACGGGGAAGGAAGCUAUUAUGGGUAAUUUUUGUUUAUAGUUUGUAAUGUUCUUUGUAGAGAUCAUCAUACAACACCUUGAACAGUGAAAAUAACUCAUACAUAAUAGUAACAAUAAUAAUGAUAAAAUUUUAAAAAAAUGGUGUAAUCAUGGAAUAAUAACCCAAAAAUUAAUCCAGUAAAGCAGUAAAUGGAUUAAUUUGUUCAUUAAUUUCCAUCAGAUGAUCCAUGUAAGAUAUAAUUGUACCAAAUUCUGUAUAGCAAAAAGAGCUGGUUUUGUUUUUGUUUUUUAAUGGUUUAGUUCGUGAAUAUUGUUUAAUUUCGAUCAAAUUAAAUUAAGCAUUAUUAUUAUUAUUAUUAUUA